GACCGUUGCAGCAAAAACUUACUAAGAAACUGCACAGUGAGUAUCGACAGGUGGGAAGACAGAGAGGAGGAAGCACACUUAUUACAGACAGACCAUACAGACCACUUUCCUCUCUCUAUAAGCAUGCUUCUCCUCACAGCCGACCGGACCAGUGGUCCUACCUAAAACCUGGCGUUUCUCUGCCCCGGCGGGUUGCCGCACGACAUCCAUCCAUCCAUCCAUCCAUCCAUACCCGUUGCCGGCCGGAAAAAACAGCUCUACCACAUACCCACCCACCCCACGGAUAAACCCCCCCCCUACACGCAGCGUGCACCAUGCAUCCACCGAUCAAAACAUGUACCCGUGUGCGCACCGCACACGUCACAUGUACUCGCGUGUUUUUCACGCCAUGCAAAUGCUCACAGACGACCGACUCGACAAGGCGACACGACGCCAAGACGCAAACCCACCCACCCGACCACCGACGGGCAGACAGCUGCCCAAUACUUACAAAUACACACAUAUACGGUACGCAGAGAGUGAGGGCGGGGAGGCAUUUACACGCUCACACGGGGUUCUCCUGGGCCGCCUCCUGCGGCUCACUGAGGGCAUCCGCCCUUGUGCUGCACUCACUGCCGUCAUCUCUCGCCUCAGCAUCGCCAGGGACGGUAGACUUGGCAGUGGACUUGGUGGGCACGGUCCGCGCAUCCUCGCUCCCAGCCCCUCGCUGCACACACCCAAGAAAACACACACCACGAAAAGAAAGAUGCGUUGGUUCUCUCUCCAAUGGACGGAUGAAGGCAUCGUGCCUACCCGGAGGUUUCGCUUGAGCGUUCGGAUGAUGACCAUCCUAGCGAUGAGGGUGCUGACAAACAUUGUGACGAGCAGGAGGAUCGCACACAGGCUGACCAGCGGCACCGUGGCGGCUCGGUGCUCCUGCUCCUCUUCUGGAGUGCCGCUGGCGGGCAGGAUGGAAGAGGCCUGCCGGAGGGACCGCCGCUUGUAGCAUCCCUCCGGCGGCGACGACCUGUACGAGAGACAAUCGUCGACGUCAGGCUGCACACAGCACACAACACACAGGACGGAUGGAUUGAUGGAUGGAUGGCAUGUGUUGCUCCCUCUCCCUCCUGACCAACGUACCGAGACAGUGUAAAUAAAGUAGUAGUAGGCCACGAGCAAGACAGCUAUGAAAAGGGUCGCGACGCCGAGGCAUCCACACACAGUCCUCUUGCACAAGCACAUGGUAUGGUAAUGAUGACAACUUAAUCAAGGGAGUUGUAGUCAAUAGCAAUCAGGCGGGCGUCGUGGCGGUAGUACAAUAUAUCGCGGAUGGGAGGGGUAGAGUACCGGGUGAUUGCCAUGCACGACACCAACACGACAGCACCCUCCGCUCUCCCCUCGACGACGAGUAUCUGCCGCUCUCCGUGCGCUCUCGACAGCUCUCUCCAUAGAUCCAGCGCAGCAACUCGGCCUUUUCUCGUCGUCGAGUGCACAGCUGGCCCCUGCACACACAGAGGAGUAGAAGCAGAGAGGGAAAUUGCG